AUGUCAAAUUAUAUUCUUCCAAGGUCACAAUUUAACUCCUUACCUUCCCCUCCACAAUCUUGUCAUCCUGACUUUUUUGGUCCAUCCACUUCAUCUUCAGACUCUCAGUCUUUAACUUCUUCAUCUUCUCACAAAUCUCAUAGAAAAUCCCGUUCAAAUGUUCAGGGAACUUCUUCAAACUCUUCUUCAAAUUCUUCUUCAAAUUCUUCUUCCUCCUCUAAUCACCACCAGAAACCUUCACAUAUGCCAUCAACUUCUUCUCUUCAUUCUUCCUGGUCUCUGGCAUCUUCCUCAUCCUCCGUGCGUCCGUCCCGCCAUGCGCGCACUCAUUCAUCCAUCGCAGGUUCUCACAAUCAUUCACAUAAUUCACAACAUUCAUCAUCAUUAUCAUCUUCUACUUCAUCUUCUUCAUUAUCUUCAUCAUCCAGAACAAACAAACAACUAUCAAUAUUUGCUCCGGAUGCCCUUAUAAAUAACUCUCCACCAACAUUCCAAGAUGUUUCUUCCCCCUCAACCCAUAAUCAAUAUCAACAUCAACGUCAACAUCAACAUCAUAAAAGAACAUCCUCCUCAGUCUCAAGACAUAGUCAUAAACUUCCACCAACCCCUGCAGCUUCGCCUGACGCUAAUUUGCACUAUUUCCCCGAGCCGCACGUCAACACGGCCACUAAUUCUCCUAUACUGCAUCAUCAUCACCACCAGCAUAACCACACUGCAUCAACUUUAACAUCACCAUCAUCAACUUUAUCAUCAUCAUCACCAUCACCAUCUUACACACACUCAAGAUCAGCUUCAUCUGGGGUACGUGCAAUUUCUGCAAGUAUCGUUCGUGGUGCUGAUCCUAAAAUCCUACCACCAGGACUUAAGUCUGAUUACUCCUUGACCUCUGCACGAGGUUCUACUGGCCCCCCUAAAUCACACCACUUUUAUGCAUCCUCAUCUUCAUCCUCUUCCUCCUCUUCAUACACCCAUAAAAACCCCAGCUGUCUUGAAACUCCCCUCUCCCCAACUCUAGCUAUGAGUUUACGAACCCCAACUGUCUAUGAUGAUCAUCCACGCAGAAUUUCAGUCUCAACUUCAAGUGCAGCCGCCACUGCUCGAAAACACUCUGCUCCUUCUCCUUCAUCUACCUAUGCCUUCCAAGACCAUGCAACUGUUUCUCUUUCCUCUCCUGUUUCUCCCCCUCUCCCUGAUUCUUCUUCUUCUUCUUCUUCUUCUACACAACCUUCCUCCUCCUCCUCUUUAGGCCCCACCCCACCAACCCUGGACCCAGCCUUGCUAGCCCAAAUCUCAAUGUCUAAUCCGGCUUUCGCCUCCAUCCCUCAAGACCAACAGCGCCUGCUUUUCGGUCUUUAUCUUCAGGGCCUUUACGGUGACUUUACUGGCUGGCGCAAUGUUCCUGUGCGCCACUGGCAUGAGCAUUUUGUCCGCCACCGCGUCGAGGCAAUUGCGUUGAACGCAGAAAGCGCAUGGCGUCAAAAUAGGGGGCUGAGCCCCGCUGUUGCUCUGGAGCGUUUCAAGGUUCUCGUGGCUUCGUACCUUUAA